AUGGCUCUCUCUACUAACAUGCUAUCAUAUACACUGCCCGUUUCCAUCAUAGCAGCCUAUGCACUUGGUAUUGCAUCCUCAAUAUGGCUUUUCCCAUGGGUCAAAGGGAUAGCCAUAUAUCUUAUCGCACAACUCUCGGGCGAUAACACCAGGAUAGAAACCAAUUAUACGGCACAAGACGAGUCGCUGUACGGACUAGAUCAUGCAGCAUUGAAUAUUCAGCUUCCUCCAACGACCAUGUGGAUGAACAUGGGCUACUGGAAGGAUAACGGCAGUGCUCAACUCCCUGAAGCAUGUCAAGCAUUGCUAGACAAGGUCUUGAGAACCGCCGGUCUCGAUAUUAACAGCAAAGAAAGAGGCGAGACGGCAGGGGAAGAAUCGAAUACUACAAAGAAGAGAGUCCUUCUAGACCUUGGGUUCGGAUGUGGAGAACAAACGAUCUAUCUCAUGAUGAAUCCUGCGAGACCUUCGCCAGUAUUUGACGAAUAUAUCGGUAUUACGCUUGAUAAAGUACAGCAUAGAUUCGCUCAAAAGAGGCUACAGCAGAAGAUACUGUAUGAAAGCCAGCAAGAAAUCAGCGCCAGACCUUCUAAGAUCUCACUAUUUUGUGCUGAUGCUGCUCAACCGUCAAGUUGGCCUGACGAAGUAAAGAACACUCUCUACGAUACUUUCUCAAUUAACGAUAGCAACAAUAAUAUGGAACGCUAUGUCAUGGGUUUGGACACCCUGUAUCAUUUCCAUCCUUCGCGGCGGGAAAUAUUCAAAUAUUCCCACUCCAUACUUCGUGCUAACCUGCUAGCAUUCGACCUCUUUCUUGCUCCAUCGGAUCCUUCGAGCCUGAAGCAGAUCUUCAACACGUUAUUCCUUCGUCUCCUGACUCCUGCUCUUGGCGCCCCAUUUGGUAAUUUUGUCUCUCCAGAGACAUAUACAACCAUGCUAGAAGAAGCAGGAUAUAAAACGGAAAACAUCGUGAUCGAGGAUAUUACCGACCAUGUGUUUGUGGGUCUAGCUGGAUUCCUCGAAAAGAGAUGUCUGGACAUGGCUAUUAUGGGGCUUGGUGGAUAUAUCAAAUGGCAGGUUGCUGGAUGGCUAUUCAGGUGGCUAAGCAGUGGGGGCGUACUUAGAGCGGGUGUUGUCAUUGCAAAGGUGGACUAA